GGUCCGUCCGUCCCGGCCCUUGGUCCGCCGCCGCCGUCGUCGUCGCUUGUCGCUGCCAGCCAGCAGGCCACGCGCUCAACUCACCCCAUCAUCCCAUGCCAACCGUGCCGCGCCUGCUUGCUUGCUUGCUGGACCUUGCCGGAAACAUCCUCCCGUGCCCUGCCCUGCCCUGCCCUGCCCAAGCCCUCCUCUGCGAGCCCUCCUCUGUGCGCUCUGCUCUACUCUGAUGCCCCUUACUCUACCUCCAUCGCCUUUGUCGUUUCGUCCUCGUCGUCUACCGCCUUACAAAAGGAGCAACCUUUCCCCUCUUCCCCAACCCACCCCAUCAUCCUCGUCGUCCUUCUCUUUCCGCCCAUAACCUACCCUCACCUACCUUGCCCCCCGUCCGCCACCAUCUUGUGCCAUACAACCAAUAUCCACCCAUCUCCCACCGCUCCUCUGGCCUCUCUCUCUCGUCCGCCCUUGCUGCUUUACAUCGACGACAGCUGGCGGCGGCCCACCAUGUCUCGCCUCGCCCCCACUUUGAGGCAGCUCGCCCGCGGGCGCCUCAGCGCCGCUCCAGCUGCCGCCGCCCCGGCAGCAGGCCGUCCCCACCUGCUUCCCCGCGCCGACCGGAAGCCCAUGCAUUCCACCCCGGCCCAGAGCAAUCUCAACCCCACCACGCGACCACAUCUGCUGCCCGAGUUCAGCCUCAAGGACAAGGUCAUCGUCGUCUCAGGCGGUGCCAGGGGCCUCGGCCUCGUCCAGGCAGAAGCUCUGCUCGAGGCAGGCGCAACCGUGCACUGCGUCGACAGGUUGCCCUCGCCCGCCAACGACCCGGCGUCGGGCUUCUCCGAGAUCAGCAAGCGAGCGCGCCGCGAUCUCGACACCAGCCUGACCUAUCACCAGACCGAUGUUCGAGACGUCGGCGAGCUCAACAAGAUUAUGGAGACAAUUGCCAAUCAGGCCGGCAGGCUCGACGGCUUAAUCGCCGCUGCCGGCAUCAACCACGAGACACCCGCGCUCGAGUACACAUCGGACGAGGUGGAUAGGAUGAUGAGCAUCAACGUCACGGGUGCCUUCAUGACCGCCCAGGCCGCCGCUCGCCAAAUGGUCCGCCUCAAGCAGCCCGGCAGCAUCUGCCUUAUCGCGAGUAUGAGUGGCACCAUCGCCAAUCGGGGCAUGUACGCGCCAGCCUACAACGCAUCCAAGGCCGCCGUCAUCCAGCUGUGUCGAAGCCUCGCAGCUGAGUGGGGCGAGUAUGGGAUCCGCGUCAACACUCUCUCGCCGGGAUACAUCAUGACGCAGAUGCUGCAGUCGCUCUUUGACGAUUAUCCCGAGCGCAAGGAGGUCUGGCCCAAGGAGAACAUGCUGAAGCGCUUGAGCCUACCCAGCGAGUAUCGUGGGUCCGCCGUCUUCCUUCUCAGUGAUGCCAGCAGCUUUAUGACCGGGAGUGACCUCCGAAUAGAUGGCGGCCACGCAGCAUGGUAGAGCGCUUCAUUGUGCGUAUCGCAGCGUGGUCAGCCAUGUCACUCGACGCGUGCAGGUAGGGUAGACCGUGGGCGGCCAAAUGGCGUCGUUCAGUACGCCUGGCUGCUGGCAAGCCAUAGGGCGCAACGUAGAUUCCCAAGGGGGGCGGGGGCAGGUCAUGGUCCUGGGUUUGUGUCCAGUUGUGUAUCGCCAAUCGCGUAUAUAAUCGUAGUAACGAUUCGAGGGGGUUUGACCAUCGCGCUGUCGCAUGUGUUUGCAGCCAUGUGGGGUGAGCAAUAAUGCACGGCGCUUGGAGGUAGUGCACGCUGAUCGUCGUCAGAUGG